AUGUUAAAUUUAAAUAAUUUAACUGUUAACAAUAAUAAUGAUUGUACUUUUGAAAGAAAUUUAUCAUCUUCUUUAAUAACCAACAAUAAAAAUAAUCAAAAUAAUAUAACUUUAUCAAAUAAUUCAGAAAAUGAAUUUAUUCAUUAUCGUAAUACAAUUAUAAUAUUAUAUUAUAAUACUUUAGUAAGAGAAAGGGAUAUUUUGAAGAUUACAGGUUCUUAUAAAGAAAUUCCAUUUACAAUUGAAUUAUUGGAAAAAGAAUUAAAUAAUUUAAAAAAAUUUAUUAAUAUUAAUCCUCUCGAUUACUUUUUACAUCUUCCACCAAAACAUGGAUCAGUUAAAGUUGGAUCAAGAAAAAUUUUUAUUCCUGUUGAUAAAUAUCCCAAAUAUAAUUUUAUUGGAAGAAUCCUUGGACCAAAAGGAGGAACAGCAAAAGAAUUUGAAAAUAGAACUGGUUGUAAAAUAAUGAUAAGAGGUAAAGGAUCUAUGAAAGAUAAAUCAAAAGAAGGAUUAUUUAUUGGUAAACCAAAUUAUCAACAUUUAAAUGAACCAUUACAUGUCUUACUUCAAACAGAAGAUACUCUUAAUCGAAUUGAUAAAAAAUUAGACUAUGCUGAAGAGGAACUUCAGAAGUUGAUGUUUCCUAUCAGUUGUAUUCCUGAUAUCUUAAAAAGACCUGAAUUUUUUGGUUUACAUAUUUCUAAUAGAAAAUUUUCUAGAAAUGAUUUUUUAAUUAAAAAAUUGUUGUUGUCGUCAAAUGAUUAUACAAAUUAUCAAAGUGACAUAUGUCCUUCUAACUCAUCUAAUCCAUACAAUUUCUCAGAUUUUGAAGCUUUGUAUAAUUCUUUAGAAAACAAAACUAAUUAA